AUGAGAAAUAUGAAACUUAAUGUAGAUUUUCCCACUGUCGAUCUCAUCAAUAUGACUAAUGUUCAGGGAAUGGUCAUCCUGACCUUGUCGGCAUCGGUUCCUCAUCUCAAACCCCCAACAUGCAGCACCGCAAACCAGCAGCUUGGCGACUGCACCAGUCCAACAAAACUGCAAGAAAGUGUACUUUACAUAUCCUUCGUCUUCCUAGUGAUCGGCUACGGAGGCGUGAUGCCGUGUAGCCUGCCCUUCGGCAUGGACCAAUUUGAUCGCGCCAGCAAGCGCGACGAGAAGGGGCUCAAGAGCUUUUUCAAUUGGUAUUACGCCACCACGACGGGCGCGGUGUUCCUUUCCCUCACGGUAUUUGUCUACAUUCAAGAGAGCGUCAGCUGGCCGCUCGGUUACGGCAUACCCGCGGGGAUCAUGAUCCUCUCCAUCAUCAUCUUCUUUGUCGGGACGAGAUUAUACAUUUACGUGCCUCCCAGCGGGAGUAUCUUCUCCAGCCUUGCUCGAGUUGUCGUCGCAUCGAUCAGGAAACGAAAGCUCGAACUCCCGUGUCCCUACGAUGUACGCCAGCAAGAGUUGCAGCUGUAUAGCCCUCCGAGCACUAGCAGUCACACCUUGAAGCUUCCACUCACGUCGCAAUUGAAGUUCUUCAACAAAGCUGCUAUUGUCACUGAGGGCGACAUAAACUCCGACGGCGAACCUGUAAAAAAAUGGAGCCUAUGCAGUGUCCAAGAAGUAGAGGAACUCAAAUGCUUGAUAAAAAUCAUCCCUAUAUGGUUAUCGGGCAUCGUAUCGUUCGUGAUCAUGGUCCAAAGUGUCAAUUUCUCAUUCUUUCAAGCUGCACUAAUGGACCGCAACCUCGGCCCGCACUUCCAAAUCCCCAUAGCAUCUGCCGGAGCCAUAUCCUAUGUCGCUUUAACCGUGUUCGUCUUGAUCUAUGACCGAUUUUUAGUCCCCAUGAUCACUAAGAUCACAAAGAUAGAAGGCGGGAUCACCCUUCUCCGAAGACAAGCUAUCGGGAUCGUCAUCUUCAGCGCAGCGAUGGUGGUGUCGGGAAUAGUAGAGCAUCGGAGGCGAGAAACGGCAUUGUCCCACGGGGGAACAUCUGGAAUAUCUCCGAUGUCGGUGUUCUGGCUCGCACCGCAGCUCAUCUUGAUGGGCAUCGGCGAGGCUUUUAAUGCGGUGGGGCAGAUCGAAUUUUACAACACUCAAUUUCCCGAUUACAUGCUAACUAUUGCGGCUUCCGUCUUCUACUGCACUCAGGGUGGAGCAACCUAUUUGAGUACUCUCAUGGUUAAUGUGGUCAACAGUAUUACAGGCAAAAAUGGCAAAACUCCUUGGCUGGAUGAUAACUUUAAUAUUGGUAAGUUAGACUACUUUUAUUAUCUUGUAGCCAUCAUGGGAGUGUUGAACUUGGCUUAUUUUCUGGUUUGCGCCCAUUAUUAUCGCUAUAAAGCGAUCCAAAUUGAAGAUGAUGAUAACGACGACGAAGAUCAGAGUGCGAAAGAAGUAAUCAACAACAAAGUUUAUUAAUUAGAAGGUCAAAUUGUUGAUGCAUGUAAUAGUUUUGCUAAUAAUAAGGCGAUUGUAGAUUGCCAAGUUGAUGAGUAAGGUCCUGCCAUUUCAGGGACGUUGUAUACAUGUAUGGAUGCGUACGUAAUUACUUUGUCAGAUUAUUUUGUGGCCAUUAACAAAAUUCUUUCGUUAUUUCAUGUGCAUAUUUGGACUGUUAUUCGAUAUAUAAAAGAAAAAAACUACUUUA